AUGGAGCCGGAUGGGAGCAUCGAGUCGGCGUCGGUGAUCCGCGUGGUGGUGCUGCAGGUGGGCGAGAUCACCGCGUCUGCCUUCCGCACCUACUCCAGCCUCAUCAUGAAGCACAGAGUGAUGCCGCUGCAGGGCGUGUUCGGGUACUACAAGGAGCACCAGAAGAGCCCCUUCUCGCACCAGCCGUGGACGACGGGGUCGCUGCGCUUCAACUUCAUUCUGGGCGGCAGCAGCCGCAGCCCCUGGCAGGAAUUCGUGGCGCAGCGCAAGAUCCACGGGGUGAUAGGGGUGUGCCACUGCCCACGCAUGCCAGACACAGCAGCGGCGUACGAGGAGUUUGUGCUGGCGUGCAAGGCGUACCCCCUCGCUCUCCCCCCAUCCUCUUGUCCCCCCCACACGUAUGUGCCGCCCCUGCAGAUCCACUGGGUGAUAGGGGUGUGUCACUGCCCACGCAUGCCCGACACAGCAGCGGCGUACGAGGAGUUUGUGCUGGCGUGCAAGGCGUACCCCCUCCCUCUCCCCCCAUCCUCUUGUUCCCCCCAUACGUAUGUGACGCCCCUGCAGAUCCACGGGGUGAUAGGUGUGUGCCACUGCCCACGCAUGCCAGACACAGCAGCGGCGUACGAGGAGUUUGUGCUGGCGUGCAAGGCGUACCCCCUCGCUCAGGUCAAGCGCUGCAUUGCCUUCGACCCCAACACAGAGCAGCUGGCAGAGGAGGACCCGCAGCGGCGCAACCUGGUGAUUCUGUCGGGGGCGGAUCAGCAGCGGCUGGAGGCGCUGCUGGUGUCGGUGAUGCACGACUUUGCUGCGUGUGUGCUCAUGGCACUCGAGAGCUGGGUGCUGCACGUGGACCCCAUCGCGGCUAUCUUCCUCUCUCCCCUUGACAACCCUAAUGUCACACCUAACGAGGACGCGGCGCGGCUGAAGAAGAAGCGGUUGGCGCGCAUACAGAAGGCCAUCGGGGACUACUGCCUGCUGGCUGGGUCGCCUCUUGAUGCGCGCAGCCACUACGGCACGGCCAUCGAGCUUGGGCGCCUCACUAACAGCACCGACCCCCUCUGGCUUGCAGGGGCUUUGGAGGGCCACGUGAGCACUCUCGCGGUGGAGAAGGGGCGGUGGGACGAGGAGUUGGAGGAGGAAAUUCGCACCAAGUACAGCGAGAUCGUGCCACUCUACCGCAAGGCGGGUGCAAUGAUCUUUGAGCUCGAAGCUCUCAUCAAGGUCGCCAGAUUCAUCUGCCGCAAGGAGAUGGCGCGCGAUGUGGUGGAUCUGCUGGCACAGGCGGUGGAGACGGGGCGAGGGCUGCAGAACCCCAGUGAUCUCCUCGUGCUCUACAUUGAGGUGGCGCGCAUAUUCCAGCAGCUGGGCUACGAGCGCAAGGCGGCAUUCUUCACGCGGCAGGUGGCCAAGCUGUACGAGCAGCAGGAGUCACGCUUCGCCGCUGUCAGCGCCCUGCAGGCGCGCGCGUGGACCAAGGCGCGCGCGUGGACCAAGGCGCGCGCGUGGACCAAGGCGCGCGCGUGGACCAAGGCGCGCGCGUGGACCAAGGCGCGCGCGUGGACCAAGGCGCGCGCGUGGACCAAGGCGCGCGCGUGGACCAAGGCGCGCGCGUGGACACAGGCGCGCGCGUCGACCAAGGCGCGCGCGAGGACCAAGGCGCGCGCGAGGACCAAGGCGCGCGCGUGGACCAAGGCGCGCGCGUGGACCAAAGCGCGCGCGUGGACCAUGGCGCGCGCGUGGACCAAGGCGCGCGCGUGGACCAAGGCGCGCGCGUGGACCAUGGCGCGCGCGUGGACCAUGGCGCGCGCGUGGACCAUGGCGCGCGCGUGGACCAUGGCGCGCGCGUGGACCAAGGCGAGCGCGUGGACCAAGGCGCGCGCGUGGACCAAGGCGCGCGCGUGGACCAUGGCGCGCGCGUGGACCAAGGCGCGCGCGUGGACCAAGGCGCGCGCGUGGACCAUGGCGCGCGCGUGGACCAUGGCGCGCGCGUGGACCAUGGCGCGCGCGUGGACCAUGGCGCGCGCGUGGACCAAGGCGCGCGCGUGGACCAAGGCGCGCGCGUGGACCAAGGCGCGCGCGUGGACCAAGGCGCGCGCGUGGACCAAGGCGCGCGCGUGGACCAUGGCGCGCGCGUGGACCAAGGCGCGCGCGUGGACCAAGGCGCGCGCGUGGACCAUGGCGCGCGCGUGGACCAAGGCGCGCGCGUGGACCAAGGCGCGCGCGUGGACCAAGGCGCGCGCGUCGACCAAGGCGCGCGCGUGGACCAAGGCGCGCGCGUGGACCAAGGCGCGCGCGUGGACCAAGGCGCGCGCGUGGACCAAGGCGCGCGCGUGGACCAAGGCGCGCGCGUGGACCAAGGCGCGCGCGUGGACCAAGGCGCGCGCGUGGACCAAGGCGCGCGCGUGGACCAUGGCGCGCGCGUGGACCAAGGCGCGCGCGUGGACCAAGGCGCGCGCGUGGACCAUGGGCGCGCGCGUGGACCAUGGCGCGCGCGUGGACCAUGGCGCGCGCGUGGACCAUGGCGUGCGCGUGGACCAUGGCGCGCGCGUGGACCAUGGCGCGCGCGUGGACCAAGGCGCGCGCGUGGACCAAGGCGCGCGCGUGGACCAAGGCGCGCGCGUGGACCAAGGCGCGCGCGUGGACCAAGGCGCGCGCGUGGACCAAGGCGCGCGCGUGGACCAAGGCGCGCGCGUGGACCGAGGCGCGCGCGUGGACCGAGGCGCGCGCGUGGACCGAGGCGCGCGCGUGGACCGAGGCGCGCGCGUGGACCGAGGCGCGCGCGUGGACCGAGGCGCGCGCGUGGACCGAGGCGCGCGCGUGGACCGAGGCGCGCGCGCGCGCGCGUGGACCAAGGCGCGCGCGUGGACCAAGGCGCGCGCGUGGACCAAGGCGCGCGCGUGGACCAAGGCGCGCGCGUGGACCAAGGCGCGCGCGUGGACCAAGGCGCGCGCGUGGACCAAGGCGCGCGCGUGGACCAUGGCGCGCGCGUGGACCAAGGCGCGCGCGUGGACCAUGGCGCGCGCGUGGACCAAGGCGCGCGCGUGGACCAUGGCGCGCGCGUGGACCAUGGCGCGCGCGUGGACCAUGGCGCGCGCGUGGACCAUGGCGCGCGCGGUGGACCAAGGCGCGCGCGUGGACCAAGGCGCGCGCGUGGACCGAGGCGCGCGGCGUGGACCGAGGCGCGCGCGGUGGACCGAGGCGCGCAGCGUGGACCGAGGCGCGCGCGUGGACCGAGGCGCGCGCGUGGACCGAGGCGCGCGCGUGGACCGAGGCGCGCGCGUGGACCGAGGCGCGCGCGUGGACCGAGGCGCGCGCGUGGACCGAGGCGCGCGCGUGGACCGAGGCGCGCGCGUGGACCGAGGCGCGCGCGUGGACCGAGGCGCGCGCGUGGACCGAGGCGCGCGCGUGGACCGAGGCGCGCGCAGUGGACCGAGGCGCGCGCGUGGACCGAGGCGCGCGCGUGGACCGAGGCGCGCGCGUGGACCGAGGCGCGCGCGUGGACCGAGGCGCGCGCGUGGACCGAGGCGCGCGCGUGGACCGAGGCGCGCGCGUGGACCGAGGCGCGCGCGUGGACCGAGGCCGCGCGUGGACCGAGGCGCGCGCGUGGACCGAGGCGCGCGCGUGGACCAAGGCGCGCGCGUGGACCAAGGCGCGCGCGUGGACCAAGGCGCGCGCGUGGACCAAGGCGCGCGCGUGGACCAAGGCCGCGCGCGUGGACCAUGGCGCGCGCGUGGACCAGGCGCGCGCGUGGACCAAGGCGCGCGCGUGGACCAGGCGCGCGCGUGGACCAUGGCGCGCGCGUGGACCAAGGCGCGCGCGUGGACCAAGGGCGCGCAGGCGUGGACCAUGGCGCGCGCGUGGACCAAGGCGCGCGCGUGGACCAAGGCGCGCGCGUGGACCAAGGCGCGCGCGUGGACCAAGGCGCGCCCGUGGACCAAGGCGCGCGCGUGGACCAAGGCGCUGCGCAGUGGACCAAGGCGCGCGCGUGGACCAAGGCGCGCGCGUGGACCAAGGCGCGCGCGUGGACCAAGGCCACGCGCGUGGACCAAGGGCGCGCGCGUGGACCAAGGCGCGCGCGUGGACCAAGGCGCCGCGUGGACCAAGGCGCGCGCCGUGGACCAUGGCGCGCGCGUGGACCAAGGCGCGCGCGUGGGACCAAGGCGCGCGCGUGGACCAAGGCGCGCGCGUGGACCAAGGCGCGCGCGUGGACCAAGGCGCGCGCGUGGACCACGUUGCGCAGCGUGGACCAAGGCGCACGCGUGGACCAAGGCGCGCGCGUGGACCAAGGCGCGCGCGUGGACCAAGGCGCGCGCGUGGACCAUGGCGCGCGCGUGGACCAUGGCGCGCGCGUGGACCAAGGCGCGCGCGUGGACCAAAGGCGCGCGCGUGGACCAAGGCGCGCGCGUGGACCAAGGCGCGCGCGUGGACCAAGGCGCGCGCGUGGACCAAGGCGCGCGCGUGGACCAAGGCGCGCGCGUGGACCAAGGCGCGCGCGUGGACCAUGGCGCGCGCGUGGACCAAGGCGCGCGCGUGGACCAAGGCGCGCGCGUGGACCAGGCGCGCGCGUGGACCAAGGCGCGCGCGUGGACCAAGGCGCGCGCAGUGGACCAAGGCGCGCGCGUGGACCAAGGCGCGCGCGUGGACCAUGGCGCGCGCGUGGACCAAGGCGCGCGCGUGGACCAAGGCGCGCGCGUGGACCAAGGCGCGCGCGUGGACCAAGGCGCGCGCGUGGACCAAGGCGCGCGCGUGGACCAAGGCGCGCGCGUGGACCAAGGCGCGCGCGUGGACCAAGGCGCGCGCGUUGGACCAAGGCGCGCGCUGUGGACCAAGGCGCGCGCGUGGACCAUAGGCGCGCGCGGUGGACCAUGGCGCGCGCAGUGGACCAAGGCGCGCGCGUGGACCAUGGCGCGCGCGUGGACCAUGGCGCGCGCGUGGACCAUGGCGCGCGCAGUGGACCAUGGCUCGCGCGUGGACCAAGGCGCGCAGCUGUGGACCAAGGCGCGCGCGUGGGACCAAGGCGCGCCGCGUGGACCAAGGCGCGCGCGUGGACCAGGCGCGCGCGUGGACCAAGGCAUGCGCGCGUGGACCAAGGCGCGCGCGUGGACCAAGGCGCGCGCGUGGACCAAGGAUGCGCGCGGGCGGCGCGCGCGUGGACCAUGGCGCGCGCGCGUGGACCAUGGCGCGCGCGUGGACCAAGGCGCGCGCGUGGACCAUGGCGCGCGCGUGGACCAAGGCGCGCGCGUGGACCAUGGCGCGCGCGUGGACCAAGGCGCGCGCGUGGACCAUGGCGCGCGCGUGGACCAAGGCGCGCGCGUGGACCAAGGCGCGCGCGUGGACCACGGCGCGCGCGUGGACCAAGGCGCGCGCGUGGACCAAGGCGCGCGCGUGGACCAAGGCGCGCGCGUGGACCAUGGCGCGCGCGUGGACCAUGGCGCGCGCGUGGACCAUGGCGCGCGCAUGUGGACCAAGGCGCGCGCGUGGACCAAGGCGCGCGCGUGGACCAUGGCGCGCGCGUGGACCAAGGCGCGCGCGUGGACCAAGGCGCGCGCGUGGACCAUGGCGCGCGCGUGGACCAAGGCGCGCGCGUGGACCAAGGCGCGCGCGUGGACCAAGGCGCGCGCGUGGACCAAGGCGCGCGCGUGGACCAAGGCGCGCGCGUGGACCAAGGCGCGCGCGUGGACCAAGGCGCGCGCGUGGACCAAGGCGCGCGCGUGGACCAAGGCGCGCGCGUGGACCAAGGCGCGCGCGUGGACCAUGGCGCGCGCGUGGACCAUGGCGCGCGCGUGGACCAAGGCGCGCGCGGUGGACCAAGGCGCGCGCGUGGACCAUGGCGCGCGCGUGGACCAAGGCGCGCGCGUGGACCAAGGCGCGCGCGUGGACCAUGGCGCGCGCGUGGACCAAGGCGCGCGCGUGGACCAAGGCGCGCGCGUGGACCAAGGCGCGCGCGUGGACCAAGGCGCGCGCGUGGACCAAGGCGCGCGCGUGGACCAAGGCGCGCGCGUGGACCAAGGCGCGCGCGUGGACCAAGGCGCGCGCGUGGACCAAGGCGCGCGCGUGGACCAAGGCACGCGCGUGGACCAAGGCGCGCGCGUGGACCAAGGCGCGCGCGUGGACCAAGGCGCGCGCGUGGACCAUGGCGCGCGCGUGGACCAAGGCGCGCGCGUGGACCAAGGCGCGCGCGUGGACCAAGGCGCGCGCGUGGACCAAGGCGCGCGCGUGGACCAAGGCGCGCGCGUGGACCACGUUGCGCGCGUGGACCAAGGCGCACGCGUGGACCAAGGCGCGCGCGUGGACCAAGGCGCGCGCGUGGACCAAUGGCGCGCGCGUGGACCAUGGCGCGCGCGUGGACCAUGGCGCGCGCGUGGACCAAGGCGCGCGCGUGGACCAAGGCGCGCGCGUGGACCAAGGCGCGCGCGUGGACCAAGGCGCGCGCGUGGACCAAGGCGCGCGCGUGGACCAAGGCGCGCGCGUGGACCAAUGGCGCGCGCGUGGACCAAGGCGCGCGCGUGGACCAAGGCGCGCGCGUGGACCAAGGCGCGCGCGUGGACCAAGGCGCGCGCGUGGACCAAGGCGCGCGCGUGGACCAUGGCGCGCGCGUGGACCAAGGCGCGCGCGUGGACCAAGGCGCGCGCGUGGACCAAGGCGCGCGCGUGGACCAAGGCGCGCGCGUGGACCAUGGCGCGCGCCGUGGACCAAGGCGCGCGCGUGGACCAAGGCGCGCGCGUGGACCAAGGCGCGCGCGUGGACCAAGGCGCGCGCGUGGACCAAGGCGCGCGCGUGGACCAUGGCGCGCGCGUGGACCAAGGCGCGCGCGUGGACCAAGGCGCGCGCGUAGACCAUGGCGCGCGCGUGGACCAUGGCGCGCGCGUGGACCAUGGCGCGCGCGUGGACCAAGGCUCGCGCGUGGACCAAGGCGCGCGCGUGGACCAUGGCGCGCGCGUGGACCAAGGCGCGCGCGUGGACCAAGGCGCGCGCGUGGACCAAGGCGCGCGCGUGGACCAUGGCGCGCGCGUGGACCAAGGCGCGCGCGUGGACCAAGGCGCGCGCGUGGACCAAGGCGCGCGCGUGGACCAAGGCGCGCGCGUGGACCAUGGCGCGCGCGUGGACCAAGGCGCGCGCGUGGACCAAGGCGCGCGCGUGGACCAAGGCGCGCGCGUGGACCAAUGCGCGUGCGUGGACCAAGGCGCGCGCGUGGACCAAGGCGCGCGCGUGGACCAUGGCGCGCGCGUGGACCAUGGCGCGCGCGUGGACCAAGGCGCGCGCGUGGACCAUGGCGCGCGCGUGGACCAAGGCGCGCGCGUGGACCAUGGCGCGCGCGUGGACCAAGGCGCGCGCGUGGACCAUGGCGCGCGCGUGGACCAAGGCGCGCGCGUGGACCAAGGCGCGCGCGUGGACCACGGCGCGCGCGUGGACCAAGGCGCGCGCGUGGACCACGGCGCGCGCGUGGACCAAGGCGCGCGCGUGGACCAAGGCGCGCGCGCGCGCGCGUGGACCAAGGCGCGCGCGUGGACCAAGGCGCGCGCGUGGACCAUGGCGCGCGCGUGGACCAAGGCGCGCGCGUGGACCAUGGCGCGCGCGUGGACCAAGGCGCGCGCGUGGACCAAGCCGCGCGCGUGGACCAAGGCGCGCGCGUGGACCAAGGCGCGCGCGUGGAACAAGGCGCGCGCGUGGACCAAGGCGCGCGCGUGGACCAAGGCGCGCGCGUGGACCAAGGCGCGCGCGUGGACCAAGGCGCGCGCGUGGACCAAGGCGCGCGCGUGGACCAAGGCGCGCGCGUGGACCAAGGCGCGCGCGUGGACCACGUUGCGCGCGUGGACCAAGGCGCGCGCGUGGACCAAGCCGCGCGCGUGGACCAAGGCGCGCGCGUGGACCAAGGCGCGCGCGUGGACCAAGGCGCGCGCGUGGACCAAGGCGCGCGCGUGGACCAUGGCGCGCGCGUGGACCAAGGCGCGCGCGUGGACCAAGGCGCGCGCGUGGACCAAGGCGCGCGCGUGGACCAAGGCGCGCGCGUGGACCAAGGCGCGCGCGUGGACCAUGGCGCGCGCGUGGACCAAGGCGCGCGCGUGGACCAAGGCGCGCGCAGUGGACCAAGGCGCGCGGUGGACCAAGGCGCGCGCGUGGACCAAGGCGCGCGCGUGGACCAAGGCGCGCGCGUGGACCAAGGCGCGCGCGUGGACCAUGGCGUGCGCGUGGACCAAGGCGCGCGCGUGGACCAAGGCGAGCGCGUGGACCAAGGCGCGCGCGUGGACCAAGGCGCGCUGCGUGGACCAAGGCGCGCGCGUGGACCAAGGCGCGCGCGUGGACCAAGGCGCGCGCGUGGACCAAGGCGCGCGCGUGGACCAUGGCGCGCGCGUGGACCAAGGCGAGCGCGUGGACCAAGGCGAGCGCGUGGACCAAGGCGCGCGCGUGGACCAAGGCGCGCGCGUGGACCAAGGCGCGCGCGUGGACCAACGCGCGCGCGUGGACCAAGGCGCGCGCGUGGACCAAGGCGCGCGCGUGGACCAAGGCGCGCGCGUGGACCAAGGCGCGCGCGUGGACCAAGGCGCGCGCGUGGACCAAGGCGCGCGCGUGGACCAAGGCGCGCGCGUGGACCAAGGCGCGCGCGUGGACCAAGGCGCGCGCGUGGACCAUGGCGCGCGCGUGGACCAAGGCGCGCGCGUGGACCAUGGCGCGCGCGUGGACCAAGGCGCGCGCGUGGACCAAGGCGCGCGCGUGGACCAAGGCGCGCGCGUGGACCAAGGCGCGCGCGUGGACCAUGGCGCGCGCGUGGACCAAGGCGCGCGCGUGGACCAAGGCGCGCGCGUGGACCAAGGCGCGCGCGUGGACCAAGGCGCGCGCGUGGACCAUGGCGCGCGCGUGGACCAAGGCGCGCGCGUGGACCACGUUGCGCGCGUGGACCAAGGCGCGCGCGUGGACCAAGGCGCGCGCGUGGACCAAGGCGCGCGCGUGGACCAUGGCGUGCGCGUGGACCAAGGCGCGCGCGUGGACCAAGGCGCGCGCGUGGACCAAGGCGCGCGCGUGUGUCAGAAUAUGUUCGUGGACCAAGGCGCGCGCGUGGACCAUGGCGCGCGCGUGGACCAAGGCGCGCGCGUGGACCAAGGCGCGCGCGUGGACCAAGGCGCGCGCGUGGACCAUGGCGCGCGCGUGGACCAAGGCGCGCGCGUGGACCAUGGCGCGCGCGUGGACCAAGGCGCGCGCGUGGACCAAGGCGCGCGCGUGGACCAAGGCGCGCGCGUGGACCAAGGCGCGCGCGUGGACCAAGGCGCGCGCGUGGACCAAGGCGCGCGCGUGGACCAAGGCGCGCGCGUGGACCAAGGCGCGCGCGUGGACCAAGGCGCGCGCGUGGACCAAGGCGCGCGCGUGGACCAAGGCGCGCGCGUGGACCAAGGCGCGCGCGUGGACCAUGGCGCGCGCGUGGACCAUGGCGCGCGCGUGGACCAAGGCUCGCGCGUGGACCAAGGCGCGCGCGUGGACCAAGGCGCGCGCGUGGACCAAGGCGCGCGCGUGGACCAAGGCGCGCGCGUGGACCAUGGCGCGCGCGUGGACCAAGGCGCGCACGUGGACCAAGGCGCGCGCGUGGACCAAGGCGCGCGCGUGGACCAGGCGCGCGCGUGGACCAAGGCGCGCGCGUGGACCAUGGCGCGCGCGUGGACCAAGGCGCGCGCGUGGACCAAGGCGCGCGCGUGGACCAAGGCGCGCGCGUAG